CCUACCUUUGAGAGAUCAUUAACUCAAGUUUCUUUGUGGCCUCGAUGCAAGACAGCUGAGCUUUCCAUUCGCUAUCAGCUAUUGGUGGGUUGGGCAGCUACCUGGCUCCUUCCACCACUUGAGCAAGUGGAACAAUAAUAUAUAAACUUACUGGCCAUUAUAAAAGCUAGGAACCAAACUCUCUGGACUACCACCUGCACUCAGUGCAGCUGUGUGAGGAUCCCUUUUUCUUACAGAUAUCUCCAAUGGACUUAAGAUUUCGUUCCAUUUAGGCUGAAGAUGUCCACUCUGAGCGGACUCUUUUGAGGACCUUCAAGCAUUCACAACAAGCCAAAGAAGAAACGCAUACCUGUGGAAAAGACCAAAACUGUAUUUAUAAGCAUAAAAAGGAAUUGUACUUGAAAGGUUAGAUUUGCUCUGUUGGAACAAAUCAUGGUCGGUACCGGAGGUCCCGUGGGUAGAUUCUCAGUCUGGGACUAUGUGGUGUUUGCUGGGCUGGUCGUGGGGGCAGCCGGUAUUGGGUUGUGUCAGGCCAUCCGAGGGCGUAAGGACACCAGCAGUGCUGAGUUUCUGCUGGGGGGACGUCAAAUGACAGCGGUGCCGGUUGCCAUGUCACUUACGGCAAGUUUCAUGUCUGGGAUAACAGUGAUUGGCACCCCUGCAGAGGCCUAUGUCUACGGCACACCGUUCUGGCUCUUCGCCUUCUCUUAUACCAUUAUGUCCACCAUCAGUGCAGAGAUUUUUGUGCCUCUGUUCUACCGUUUGGGCAUCACCAGUACAUACGAGUACUUGGAGAUGCGCUUCAAUAAGCUUAUCCGAACGAUCGGAACAUCUAUGUACAUAUUUCAGACAGCUUUGUACACAGGCAUGGUCAUCUAUGCACCUGCACUCGCCCUCAAUCAAAUCACUGGUCUGGACCUUUGGGGAGUGCUGGUGGCCACAGGAGUUGUCUGCAUCAUCUAUUGCACAUUGGGAGGCCUGAAGGCAGUGAUAUGGACAGAUGUGUUCCAGAUGGUCAUUAUGCUGAGUGGGUUUGUGGCGGUCAUCGCUCGUGGGGCUGUGCUCCAGGGAGGCUUAGGAAAAAUAUGGGAAGAUAACUACAAAGCUGGACGUCUAAACACAUUUGAUUUUGAUCCAGAUCCUCUGAGGCGACACACCUUUUGGACCAUUGUUGUUGGGGGCAGUUUGAUGUGGGUGUCAAUUUACUCCAUUAAUCAAUCACAGGUGCAGCGCUAUAUCUCCUGUCGAACUAUGACUCAUGCCAAAAUGUCUCUGUAUGUGAAUAUGGUGGGACUGUGGGUCACUGUGAGCCUGGCCAUAUUGUCUGGCCUCACUAUGUACUCCAUCUACAAAAACUGUGAUCCUCUCACUAACAAAGAUGUUGGAACUUCAGACCAGCUCCUUCCGUACCUGGUAAUGGACAUGCUGGCAAAAUAUCCAGGUGUUCCCGGCUUGUUUGUAGCAGCUGCCUACAGCGGCACUUUGAGUACGGUAUCAUCCAGCAUUAAUGCUCUGGUGGCAGUCACGGUGGAGGACUUUGUGAAGCCUUUGUGGCCCAGCAUGACUGAGAAACAGGCAUCCUGGAUUAAUAUGGGCAUGAGUGUAUUCUUCGGGGCCGUGUGCAUUGCUAUGGCAGCGGUCGCCUCCUUGAUGGGAAGUGUACUGCAGGCAGCAUUGUCCAUAUUUGGUAUGAUCAGUGGACCUCUCCUGGGCCUUUUCCUGCUUGGCAUGUUCUUCCGCUGCGCUAAUUCCACUGGAGGUCUGGCUGGAUUGAUCAUUGGCCUUGCUCUGACACUGUGGGUGGGCAUUGGUGCGCAGGUGUACCCUCCUCUACCUGCUAAGACAAGGCCACUUUUCCUCACUGUGGAUGGAUGCGUUUCCGACAUGAACAUUACCACUACAGUGGCGACAUGGUCCAGCGCAGUCACACCAACGUUACCACCAAUCAAUGAGAGACCAGCUUUAGCAGACUCUUGGUACUCUCUGUCUUACCUGUACUUUUGUCCUGUGGGCAUAUUGGCGACCCUGAUCAGUGGGCUUAUCAUUAGUGCCAUUUCAGGUGGCUGUAAACAGGAGAAAAUAAGGCCAGAACUGCUAAUCAGAAAGGAAGACCUCAUCUGCUUUGGCUGGUGUAGAAAGGACGACGAGAACUCUGCACCAGACUUGAUAGAGAAGGUUGGGCCAGACCAACUCUAUGGAUUGGACAACCCAUACUUUACUGAUUUAGAGCUGAAGCCGACAGAAAAGGACAAAGACUUUAUCACCAAGUUGUAAUGCAGGGAUCACCAACCCUCCACCUGGAGAUGUAUUUCCUGUGAAAUUUAGCUCAAAAACUCUGAAAGCCACAACAUACUUCAGCUAGCUCAUACAGACCCUAUGCAGAAAACAUUAUUUGGAGCAAAUGUGGUUGAUUAGUGUUGGAAGUAAACUUUGUAGGGAGGUAGAUCUCCAGGAGCUGUCUUGAUGAUCCAACAGAAGUUUUGCAUUCUUUCAUAAUAUUGUAAAUAAAGUCUUGGAUAGAGGUU